UUAUAUAUUUUGUCGUUACGCUCCGAGGGUGAAGCGGCACGCGGCAUCUGCGGUCACCUGUGUGAUGUAAUCAAUGCGGAGGUUAGAAACGUGUCACAGGUGACAAGCUGGCUGACAACAGCGGUGAUCCAAACUACGCACAACACGCAACAAGCAGGCGCCACACACAAUAGACACGAGAACAAAAGCCGCGCGCAGCGCUUUAACUGAUUCAUGUUAAUGCGCGAGGACUAGUUUUUUAGCGGAGGGUUACACGGGGAUGAUGAAGCAGCGCUGGUGAGACCGAGGCGUUAGUGUGUUUUUGUGUUUUUUGAAGCCUCGCAGGAGAAAGAAGAGCAGAGCGAGUUAGACUCUGACUGCAGAGAAAGAGAGACCGAGAGAGAGGAGUGAAUGGGCACGACUCCGCCAGCUCCUCAGCGGCGGUGCGCCCUUCACGUUAUCCACAGCGAUCGAUUCACCAACUGAGACGUUUCGACCCCCGCGCGGGUCCGUGAGGCUGGCCCGGCCCAGGAGCUCGGCUGAGCGGCGGAACCAGCGUAAUGGGACACGAGUGAGGGAGCAGCCUGGAGCACAGAGCGGCUGCAGCAGCCCCGCGGAGGAACAAACAAGGAAGCGCUGAGCUGAAGCUAACAGCUAAUAGCUGAAGCUAACGGCUAACUGUUGGCUAAUAUCGAUUCUAAUGAGCCAGCGAGGAGCAUGCGAGCUAGCAGGAAGAGUUGACUUGUUGGGGGAUGUCGGGCAGUAAGGCGCUGGGCGGGGGGGCGGGCAGCGGGGCGCGGCGCAGACGGACCCGGUGCCGGCGCUGCCAGGCCUGCAUGAGGACCGAGUGCGGAGAGUGUCACUUCUGUAAGGACAUGAAGAAGUUCGGCGGACCGGGGAGGAUGAAGCAGUCCUGCCUGCAGAGACAGUGCACAGCGCCCGUGUUGCCUCACACCGCAGUGUGUUUUGCGUGCGGCGAGGCGGGGAAGGAAGACACGGUGGACUCUGAGGAGGAGAAGUUCAGCCUCUGCCUGAUGGAGUGCACCAUCUGCAACGAGAUCAUCCACCCCAGCUGCCUGAAGAUGGGAAAGGCGGACGGGAUCAUCAACGACGAGAUCCCAAACUGCUGGGAGUGUCCCAAGUGCCACAAGGAGGGGAAGACCAGCAAGGACCAGGCGGACGGGUCAGGGAAGCGGCGGCUGGAUAACGGGGAGGCGGGGCGCUGGAAGCUGACGGAUGACCCGCCCCCCAAGAAGAAAGCUCCGCCCCCAUUGGAGGAGGCGGCCCGGCCGGAGGGCGGGCACAAGAGGAAGAAGGAGAAGGAGCAGCCAAUGGACAGCGGGCCCAAGAAGAAGAUUAAAGGCGCGCAUGAGAAACGCCUCAAAAAGAAACCCAAACAGGAAGUGGGUGAGUCGAACGGACCUGGUUCUUCCUCUGUGGCGGCGGCGGGAGGCCAGCAGAGCGCGUCCUCCUCCCAGCCAGCAGGGGGCAGCGCGGCGGCCGGAGCGGCGUCCAGCGCAGAGCAGCGUUCGCAUCACCGCGAGAAGCUGGAGCGUUUCCGCAGGAUGUGCCUGCUGGAGCGCCGCCCCGAGUCCUCCUCCUCCUCGUCCUCCAGCUCCGAGUCCGACUCCGAGUCCGACUCGGACGACUCGCUCCGGGACGAGCAGGGGGGUGGGUCCUCGUCGUCUUCCCCGGCCCCUCCCCCUCCCGUCGUCUACGGCAACAGCGGAGGGAGCCGUGUGGAGCGGAGCCGCAGCGAGCGGGAGCGGGCGCGGCGGCUGGCCGAACUCGGCUUCAGCGCCAGCGACGAGUCGGAGAGCGAGGGGAGGCGGGGUGAGGAGGAGAGAGAGGAGGAGCCUGCACGGGGGGGCGGGGACAAGGCCCGCCGGCGAGGAGGGGGCGGUGCCGAUGUGCAGUCAAGGGGACGGAAGCCCGGUCUGAUGGAUCCGGAGGAGGACGACGUUCCGGAGCGGAGCAGGAAGAACUCUGCCUCCCUGCCCCCCCCCUCGCCGCUCUCGUCCAAUCAGAUCCCUCCGUCAUCGCUGCACGACGGCUUCGCGGCGAAGCAGCGCAGCAACGGACAGGAAGCGCGCAAUGGGCGGACCCGGGGCGGGGCGGGGGGUGGGGAGAAGGAGAACGCCAGCGGCGUUCUGACCAAUCACAGACACGGCGGCGGAGGGGGUGGAGCCAAAGGCAGCCGUGGCAACAAGAUCCGCAACAACAGCAAGACGCCGAGCCAGAGGAGCGGUGUGUCGUCCUCCAUCCCCACCUCCAAUGGGGGGGGCGUGGCCAGCAGCGGCCUGCUGAUGUCAGCCAUGGCGGCGUCGCCGUGCUCGCAGCCGUCCCGCCUGGCGCCGCGCUCCCAGGUGAUGAAACGCAGCCCCCCCGCCGUGCCCUCGCCCCCCCGACCCGUCCAGAUGGAGCGACACCUGGUGCGGCCGCCCCCCGCCUGCCCUGAGCCCAGCUGCCUGCUGCUGGACUGCGGCUCCGCCCACAUCAUGACGCGUGACGUCUGGCUGCGAGUCUUCACCUACCUGAGCCAGAGGGAGCUCUGCGUCUGCAUGAGGGUGUGUCGCACCUGGAGCCGCUGGUGCUGCGACAAGAGGCUGUGGACGCAGAUCGACCUGAGCCGCCAGCGCUCCAUCACCCCCCCGAUGCUGAGCGGCAUCAUCAGGCGGCAGCCGGUCUCCCUCAACCUGGGCUGCACCAACAUCUCCAAGAAGCAGCUGAUGUGGCUCAUCAACCGCUUACCAGGUCUUCUGGAGCUGAACGUCUCUGGCUGCGCCUGGCCGGCCGUCUCGGCUCUCUGUCAGGCCGUCUGUCCGUGUCUGAAGUUUUUGGACCUCAGCAGAGUGGAAGAUCUGAAAGACUCUCACCUGAGGGAGCUGCUGGCCCCCCCACCUGAGUCCCGGACAGCUCCCAACGAGAGCAGAGUGGGCCGGUUCCAGAAUGUGACAGAGCUGCGAUUGGCCGGUUUGGACCUGACGGAUGCGUCGUCCCGCCUCCUGGUUCGCCACACCCCCCAGCUGACCCGGCUGGACCUGAGCCACUGCCUGAACGUCAGCGACCAGACUGUCCGCAACCUCACCGUGUCGCCGCUGAGGGAGAGCCUCACUCACCUCAACCUGGCAGGCUGUGUGAAGCUAACUGAACAGUGCGUCCAGCUGCUCCAGUGCUGCUCCGCCCUGCAGACAGUCGACCUGCGCUCCUGCUCCCUCCUCUCCAUCGAGUCGGGACAGCUGCUCUCCUUCCCCUUCCUGUCCUCCUCUUCCUCCACCACCUCCUCCGUCGCCGCCUCCUCCUCUUCCUCGGCCGGCGCCGCCGCCGUUGCUGCUAACUUGUCCUCCUCGGCUCUUCCUGACGACAGAACGCUGCUGAAGAACAGCUAAGUCAUGUGACUCUUUAAGCUCCGCCUCCACCCGUGUUACACUACAAGCAGGUGAGGAAGAGGAGGAGCAGCUCUUCCUCAGAGGAGACUUGGUAAAACUUAGCAACCCUGAGCAUGUACAUAUUCGUUCUCUGUACAUUUAUGGGUGUGUGUAUAUACCUGUAGUUUACUGUAAAUGACCUUUGACCUCCCUGAACACUCCCUCCCUUCAACCAAUCAAGGCACCCCUCGUCAGCUGCUGAUUCAGCCACACACACACACACACACACACACACACCCUGAGCUGCUUCCUGAAACGUUCCAGCUCAGCGUUCCUCCACAUUCCCAUCAGAACCUCUGUGGGUCCGUUUGGAUCGGUUCCGACCCCAGCGCAGGCCUCCAGUCUGUUCCGGCGCCGGGUGUUUGGGCCGACCCUCUACCCCGCCCCUGUGUGUGUGUGGGUGUUUAAACUGAGCCUCGUCAGCCCCUCCUCCUUGGUUCCGGUCCGAUCGGAUCUUGAUCCCGUGUUAUUUCUCAGGAGUAUUUUUUUGUUGACUUUAAUUUAUUCGGUGCCACAACAGCACUUCCCCCUGCGGUCUGAGCCGAGCCGGUUCUGGUCUGGUUCAGGGUUCUGCUGCAGCUCGGUCCGGUUGGAGGAAAGGGGACGGAGAAACUCCACAGAGUGACUCAUCUUGGUUUUUAGAGGAUCUUCAUAUCGCUGCUCGGGUUUGGGUCACUGAUCUCUGAGGAGUGGAGGUCCGGUCCGGUUCUGGUCCUGGAUUUAUUCUGGAAAAUGUUGUUCAUCUCCUUUCGAUCAUAUCAGAGCCUUCAUGUCUUUAUUUUCUAUUUCAAUUCAUUUUCAGUAUCAAAACAAAUAAAACUGUCAGAAGGAAGAGAGGAUCAACCAGGCAGACACCCGAAAACUGGUUCUGACCCGAAAACUGGUUCUGAUUCAAAAUGACCUAAUCAACAGAAUUUCAAACAUGAUUCCGGCUUUGAACAGAUUCCCGACCUAAAACCAGAUUCUCAAACUGAACUGAUUCUUGGUUCUGACCCGGUUCCUGGUUCUGAUCCGGUUCCUAAGACGUUUUCUGCCCAGAUGCAUAAAGGAAUAAAAAUAAUUCAGACAUUUUCUGAUCGUUUCUCAACUGAAGCUGAGUAAAAAGCUGCCAAACCCAGGAAGACUUCAGGACGGGUCGGAUCAGAACCAGUUCAGAAACUGGAUCAGAGGACGGAGAACUGAACUUUAUUCCUGAGAAAAAAUGAUAAGCGGUUUAUCACUGAUGGCUUCUGGUUCUGGUUCUGCUGCUCCUCUCUGUGUAUUAAUUUGGAACCGACCCGGUUUGGCCCGGUUCGGUUCUGCAGAGUGUUUGCUGGUGGGCUGAAUGUUGCGGCGCCUCCACCCUCGUUGUGCCAUAAACAGCAGCAGCUCAGCUUUUUAUACGUUUUAAGUUUUUUACAGUGUGGGGGUGGGGGGUGAUUUUGUGGGCUUCACCUAGCAACAGGUGAGCAGAUCGAAGCUGAUUGGUCGAAAAUAUCAGUUUUGGAUCUUAGUAUAUUCUCCAUGCACUGGAUCAACCCGACGUUCCCUGCUCCUCUUUUUUUUUUUUUUUUUUUGCCAAAUGUAGUUUUUGUUGUGGAAAAAGGGGCAUUUCCUGUUUCUUUUUCUGUUCGGUUUGUUUUUCUAUUUUGUCCACUACUCUUCCAAUGUGUUGAUGGGAAAGGAGGAAGAAGGUGGAACAAACAGUGAAAACAGACAAAAAAGACCAACUCAAGGCAGCUACGUAUGAAUGACUACUGUACAAUGAUGAAUAAAGAAGCGAUGGGUUCGUUUUUA